AUGCGUGAAGGAUAUAACCCCCGCCUGGAUUUCAUUAGCAGCAUCUCACAAGCGAGACACAGUGGCCAGAUACUGGCUCAAGACUCCGUGUUCUAUCCCAUUGACCAGCCCUGGAUCCUCCGAAAUCUCACGACGAAAGAAUUUGUGCGCGCCGAUGGGAUUGCUAUCAUGUCAAACCACAUCCAUGGUCCCUUCAUCAAAAACCUCGGCUUCGGCGAUGUUCUUCUUGCUCGGACGUGCUGGUCUACCGACGACGACACCGGCCUCGUUGACUAUAACGAGGAGAUACAUCAAGGUGUCUGGGCGGGUCAUUGCUUUGACAUUGUCACUGUCGCACACCAUAACGAGAAGAAGAAGCCAGGCGAGAACUGGCAGGACGUAAGCGAAGAAGUUUCAAAAGAGGUACGUGCUAUCUACAUAAGUGAACGUUCUGCCUUGUAA